AAACAGUCUCUCCUGAACAGGAAGCGGCGCCGGCGGCAACAAAUCGUGCGUACGUGCGCGAGUAGAAGUCCUCUUGUCAGUGUCUGGGAUCGGAACCCGAUAGCAAAGCACAAAACAGGACUCGAAUAGUUUUAACCAUGGCGCUGCCUGUCGGUCCGAAUGGAGAGAUGUUGGUUUGCCCCUACGAUCCCGUACAUAUUAUCUCGGCGAAGCGCUUCCAGUAUCACAUCCUCAAAUGCAGAAAAAACCACCCAGAUAAGGAUUUUGUGACAUGUCCAUUCAAUGCCAAACACAUUAUGCUAAGACCAGAUUUACGCCAUCACAUCGCUCGCUGCCAAGAUAGGGCAGAAAUUGAUAAGUACUCUCAUAGAGCAAGCGAAAAAGACAGUGAAGGGUUUUAUUUCAAGGGAGACACAUCUGUGCCAAGCUACAAAAAGCAGGAUCAUUUCCACUCACGAGAGGAAGACUGGGACAAUGAUGAGCAUGAGGGUGGAGAUGCACGCCGUCACAGUUUGCAUUACUCUUAUGCUGACAGCAGCACCUGGCAACCUCUAACAAGCCAGCAAGGUGUAAGGGAUAUUUUAAGUCUAAACCCUGAUGAAAGAGAAGCUUUUAAACGCAACAAGAGAAGCCAAGCACUAAGACAACAAAACCAAGUUCAGCGACGACCAGAGCCCACACCCAGGAAUUCCAUCUUCCUACAUGGACUACGUGCCCAAACAGCCACGAAAUUUAACCAACCGCAGAUGCCGACUUGUACUGGCUCAUCUCCACAAGGGACUAGCCAUAAUACGAGCUCUAGGAGUGUUUGUAAAAUUGAUGAGAAUGUGCGCGAAGCUCAAAGAGCAGCAUUCGCCGCACAAAGUAGCAAAGCACCAUGGGAAGAUCCUCUUGUCUCUCAAGAUGGAAUAUUUAGAACAAACACAGGAAGUGACUAUGGACCACAGAACAUGGUUUACAAUGGAAACCAACAGGAGGUACACAAAGAGAUGGAUUACUCUACCAAGAGUUGGAAUGAGUCGGUAAACCAAACACUUAGAACUGCUUCAAAGAAUGACUCCUUAAGGGCACUGGCUCGUGCCCAAAUGGAACAGUUUGAAAACUCUUCACAGGAUACUACGCAUGAACCCCAAGGAGUUAACGCUAGUACGGGAUCUUUUCCUAGCACAAAUAGUAAAUUGUCUCGUCCUAUGAGGGCGACAGGCAGAGCGAAGCUUGUUGCUGAGGCAAGAAGAACUAACUUCGGAAUGCCAGGAAGUGAGAAUAAGACGGUUACACCUGUAGGUCGGGGGCGUGGAAUGCUCAAGCUCUUUGACAUGGAGGAGUUGUGAUAGGCGUCACUAACUUGUGGUUUGCUGUUUUUGAGAACUGCCUACGGUUUGGUGCUAGGAUUAAUAAAUCUCGAACUCAAUAGGCAUACUGUGGAGAUUCGUCCAAAGACUUUCCCUUCGUCCCCUUUCCGAUACUUUUGAUAUGGUACAUUUGCCACAUUCACGUUGUGCGCACAUUUUAUUGGUUUAUUGUUGCGGAGUACAGAGGUUUUAAACGACUUUUGAAAAUGUUCGGUCAAUGAAGCGCUGAAGAUAAUGUGAUUACCGCGCCAAUUGUAUUGCCUUAGCAUUAAAGGCCAUCCCCCACCGGAAACCCUGAUCUCAAAGAAAGCUUUCAGAAAAGGCCUUGUCCGCUAGAGAUGCCUCCGUGGUUGGUUCCCAUUGACAACAAUUAAAAAAAACACGCAUGCAUAUUCGUGCGUAUGAUCAUGUGGUAAAGACAACUGACAACUGACAUGUUAUGUUCGAUGUGGUUUACCGAUAUCUGCCUUUAUUUUAUGUUGAAUUAAAGAUAAGAGGUCACAAGAGUCACGCGAUCCACAUGGAUCAAGUGAGGGCAAACUCCGACUCUUUUAUUUAUGGCGUCGCAAUUUAGAUUAUCUAAUUAUUGUUAAUAUAAUAAAAGAUACACACUAUUUAUGGUAGAUUGUAGAUGUUUUUUUUGGAAAUAGUGAUUGGUAUCAAGUCGUUCAGCUGUAAUUUUAUGUUAUGUUUAUAAGUGUAGUAAUUUUUCGAUGACCCCUUACUCGAGAACGUCACAUGCAACAAUUUUAGACCCUUUCUAAAUAUUUAAAAAUUCUUUUUAUGGGCUCUGCGCCAGAAUUGUUGAAGUAAGGAUGUGCGGUGCCUCAUUGACUCUUUGUCACGGAGGCUCUUAUAGACGUUCUAUUAUAAUCUAUAGACAGAUUAAUUUGGAGAACGGCUCUAUGCAAGUACGUGUGUAUGGGUUAAGAUUCAGCCUGGGGUUUCAAGUAUUUAAAUAAGAAAUUUAAAAAUUAUAUAUUCUAAGCAUAAAGCCUUUGCCAUAUAUGUUCUUUGCUCUUUCUCUAACGUAAAUUGCAUCGUAUUAGUAUUUCGUUGUGAUUCUUAAAGUAUUUUGACCAGCUGCCAUUUGGUGUCUUAGCCAUCGUCCAAUAUUAAAUUCAAAUCAACGAUUUUGGAAAUAUCUCGAUUAUUUGCUGGAAAAAGAUAAUAAAAAUGGGUGCGAUUAAGAGGAAAUUUGCGGCUUGACUGGUCAUGAUUAUUAUUUUUUAUUAUUUUAGGCUGUUCAUAUCAGUCCCCCCCCCCCCCAAGUCGUGACGUUCUAGCGCGUGCAGUAACGGGCGUGCACGUGGUUUAACGUCAACAAAGUCCGUGAUGUCCAAAGUCCUCGCGCUAUCGUGACUCCAUGACUUCUCGACAUUGAUCGCAAAAAAAAAAAACAACGGUCCCGUUGGACUCUCUCUACAACUGCAACUCAACGCGAAAAAUGUACCAAGCUUAUAUACUAGACGUUUGUCUAGUCUGCGAAUGGUGAAUCCAGACGUUGCGUGCUGUGGUAUCACGCAAAUCCUUACUUGGUACAAUUAAUUUGGAAAAUGGCAUUGAUAAGCAAACCAUGUCACGAACCUCUCAAAUCACGCACGUACAAAUUUGACUCUACGGAUUACUUCUCACAAUAUUAGACCAGGAUAAACAGAUAAAGAGUCCUGUUGGCAGAUUAAAGCGUCACGACUAAAUUUACACUGGUAUCUGAUUGGCUUACUAACAGGUGAAAGCGGGUGUCAACACUGCGAACUUGACUCGACUCGCAAAGAAACAAGCCAUGGCUGACAGGGAACUUUACUCCAGCGUGUGGAAUGCCUGGAUUUUGCAGACUAUAAUCAUCGCGUUUUCUCUUUCGACAGUCGAGAAUGUCUACACGAGUCUUUUUCUCGCGUGGUGGCUUUGUUGUUGUGAUCUUGUAUUUGUGAUUGAUGCUCUCGUGCGAGGAAUGAACCAUGUUUCCGAUAUUUUCCUGAACUCUGGGAAAGUUAGGAUGCGGAGACGCAAGUACGGAAACUAUUUACUGGAGUCCUUUGCUUCCUGGUUUUACGUGUUUAGUUUCGUUGCCCUCAUCCCCUACCACCUACUGGUAGCAUGGGGGAUCGAUUACCACCCGUACUAUCUUAUCGUUUGUCUCAUGAGACUUGUGUGGAUUUUACAAGAGAGAAGGUUGCCGACAGAACUUUUUAGAAGUCUAUCCGAACUGAACCUCAGAAGAAGAAUUCCUGCCAGAGGAUGAUAAUUCAAACUGUUCUCUAUUUUUUACUCAAAAACUGUGUUCCACAAUAAGGAACUAUUUCUGGAUGACCCAGAAAGGGGGUUCUGGUUUGACAUUAGCAACCGAAAAACGUCAAAAGAAGAUUAGACGAAAUAUAGAAAAAAAUUAAUUGUCAUCGAACUAGUUUUAGCUAAUUUAUUGUAAAUAGUAUCAGUUAGCUGGGGAGAAGUAUCAUUAUAGUCAGUUCGUGAUUUUCUUCAUUGUUUUAUCAGGAUUAUCGUUAGCUACUGCGUCAGGGUUUGAGUGAUGUGUUUGUUUGAACUAGAUUUUUUUAGGAGUUGAAGUGUUUGGAUUUGGCAACUCGUCAAGAAAUUGUUUGAAAGGUUAGAAAGUCACGAGGGAAACAAUAGGAACGAUAAAAACUCA